AUGGCGCAGAGCAUACAAAGUGAAGCAGAUGCCUUCAUCAAGCGCUACGCCGCGCUCUUCUCAUCCCCGUGUUGCUCUUCGCCAGACGAGGCGGGACAGCUCGCAGACGAAGUCGGCAAGCACUAUCGGCCUGGCGUGACGUUCUUUACCAAUGGCGAGAUAUCACGCUUCGAAAGCCAAUCCGAAUCAGCGCGUUUCGUAGAGGGCGAGAUGCGCAAGAACAUCGAGUCUGGGGUGGGCACGCGGCUGGAUCUACUUGCCAUCCACAAGACAGAAGUCUACAGCCCGACGUCCGCUCUCUGCUGGUUGGAAUGGGAGUUCGUACCGAAGGCCGGGAGUGAGUACGGUGGCAAAAGCUGGAAGUUCACCAACAUCUACGGCUACCGAGCCGCGACUAAAGAGAGUGCCGCUGGCUGGGAGUUCGUGGUGCGAGAUGACGAAGUCAACGCCUUCGUACAGGCUACGGGUAAAACGUUCGAAGCUUAG